UUUCCUACAUUUCUCUUGCUUGUUAAAUCUCACAAAAGCUAACUCGACCCUGCGAAACAGCAAACCUCCUUCGUCUUCCUUCCCACUCAUUCUCGGCUUCUCGCAGAGCGCCAAUUAUCCCUGCCCUAUUUCUCUCCCUAACUUCUUCAAUGGCGGAUUCUCAGAAGGGUAAUGAUGGUGCCCAAACACUACGAGUGAGUGUCAAAUGGCAAAAGAAGGUGUUUUCUGAGGUGGAAAUUGACACUAGUCAGACCCCUUAUGUUUUCAAGUGUCAGUUGUAUGAUUUAACUGGAGUGCCACCUGAAAGGCAGAAAAUCAUGGUGAAAGGUGGUUUGUUGAAGGACGAUGCUGAAUGGGCGACUGUUGGAGUGAAAGAGGGUCAAAGAUUAAUGAUGAUGGGAACUGCAGAUGAGAUAGUAAAGGCUCCUGAGAAAGGACCGGUCUUUGUAGAGGAUCUGCCGGAGGAGGAACAAGUGGUGGCUGUGGGUCAUUCUGCUGGUCUUUUCAAUUUAGGAAAUACAUGUUACAUGAAUUCCACAAUUCAAUGCUUGCAUUCAGUUCCUGAGCUGAAGUCUGCGCUAUUGGAGUAUUCACAGUCUGGUCGGAACAAUGAGUUGGAUCAGACUUCUCAUCUAUUGACUGUCGCAACCAAAGAUUUAUUUAGUGACCUCGAUAAAAAUGUCAAGCCGGUGGCACCGAUGCAGUUCUGGAUGGUAUUGCGUAAAAAGUUCCCUCAGUUUGGUCAGCUACAAAAUGGAUCUUUUAUGCAACAGGAUGCUGAGGAAUGCUGGACACAGCUUCUGUACACCCUCUCUCAGUCUCUUAGAUCAGCCAGUACUAGUGAAAAUAUUAGUGCUGUGAAGCGCCUUUUCGGGAUUGAACUAGCUAGCAGGGUGUACUGUCAAGAAAGUGGUGAAGAAAGUACGGAGAUGGAAUCGACCUUUGCUCUAAAAUGUCACAUAUCUCACGAAGUGAACCAUUUGCAUGAGGGGUUAAAACAUGGUUUAAAAUCUGAACUUGAGAAGAACUCGCCUACAUUGGGGCGAAGUGCACUAUACUUAAAAGAGUCACGUAUCAGCGGUUUACCAAGGUACUUGACUAUUCAGUUUGUUCGUUUUUUCUGGAAGAGAGAGUCAAAUCAAAAGGCAAAAAUCUUACGGAAAGUAGAUUAUCCUUUGGAAUUGGAUAUCUUUGAUUUGUGCUCAGAUGAACUCAAAAAGAAGCUAGAAGCUCCUCGUCAAAUUCUAAGAGAUGAAGAGGGUAAAAAGCUUGGUCUCAAACCUAGUGAAAAGAAUUCUGGUUCUAAAGAAAAUGACGUCAAGAUGCUUGAUGCUGAGGUGUCUUCAAAUGGGAGUGGAGAAUCAUCUACAGGAACUUCUAUAGAAGCUGCUUCAUCUGAAAAGGAGAUGCAUUUGACUGGAGUCUAUGAUUUAGUUGCCGUAUUAACCCACAAGGGUAGAAGUGCUGAUUCAGGGCAUUAUGUUGCUUGGGUGAAGCAAGAUGAUGGAAAGUGGAUUGAGUAUGAUGAUGACAAUCCAAUCCCUCAACGAGGAGAAGAUAUUGUGAAACUCUCUGGAGGAGGUGAUUGGCAUAUGGCAUACAUCUGCAUGUACAAGGCCAGAGUCACCCCAAUGUAAUCUAGUUUCACGAGUUCUCGUGUGACGUAUAAAUGUUACGCUAUUCACUUUUAUGGAUGUGAAUUUGUAGACUUCCAAACAAUUUUUUCCUAUGUUUUACUCCAUUUAUGUUAUGCUAGGCGUUUCAGUUUCAACGCUCUAAGCUUGCUUUAUCUGUGAGGAAAGCCAUCAUCUUUUUUAUCUACAUGUUCAUUUUUUUGUCUAA